AGUCAGCAGGUAACAAAUCGUGACCAAUUCCUUCGUGCAUUAUUAUGCACAUAUUCUCUGACGUCUCAUAUAAUAAGCGCCCUGGAUGUGAAGUUUGUUCAAGCCUCAUCUAACAAUGGGUAUCUCAUUUACCCUGUUAGCGCUUGCUUGCGUCCUAAGGUUGAGCCUGGCAGUUUAUGUACAACAAUCGACCUCAGGCCCUGAUGGUCACCAUGUGAUAGCAUGCCCUCAAGGAUGUCAGUGCUUUCAUGAUGACAUGACAGCAACCUGUGCAUUCAAAAGUUCUGCCAGUUACAAGCUUGACACCUUUUCACCAUGGAAACUGUUAGAACUGAGUAUCCAUAGCAACACUUUGUCAGGAAGUGAUGACAGUUCUCUGUACGAUUUGUUGUUCAAAAGAGUCUCAGUUACAGACAACAAUGUCAAACGUAUAUUUUCAAAAUUGCAAACACUUGAAGUGAAAAAUAUUCCUUUAAAGAAAAUCUCAGAAAAUGAUUUGGUACACUUCCCUAAUCUUAAAGAGCUAACUUUAUCUGGGAAUAAAAUAAAGUAUAUAGAGCCAAAGGCGUUCCGAUGGUUGGGAAGUUUGCUACAAUUAAAUCUUGAUGGAAAUGAACUAGCAGAGUUACCACAGGAACUAUUCCAAGGACUAAAUUCUUUAAAAUCACUUAAAUUGAACAAAAAUAGUUUAAGAAAUUUGCAAUCAAGCAGCUUCAAUGGUCUUCAUAACUUGGAAACAUUAAAUGUUAACAGUAACAUGUUGCAACAAGUGGAGAAUUUCUUAUUAGGACUAAACAUAUCCUCUCUAAGGUCUCUUGAUAUGAGCAAUAACUUGUUGAGCUACAUCACAAACGAUUCUUCCUACCUGUUGUCUAAUUUUGCCAGCGUGGACAUCAGCCGGAAUAAGUUCCAGUGCACGUGUGCCUUGCAAACUCUGAUUGAGGUGUACCAUCGUAAUCAAACGGUCUUUAAGGGGGAGACGACAUGCGCUGGCCCCGCAGAAGUUAUGGGAUUUAAGUUUAGGGAUUUGAAUGUGUCAACUCUGCCAUGUAGAGGUGCUACUGUGGAAAGCAUUUCGCAACAUGCUGAAGUGCUAUAUCAGUCUGACUUUUCGCUAGAUUGCCAGGUCAGUGGGGAUUUGCCAAGAGUCGUGUACUGGAUAACGCCAUGGGGUGACAUGUUUACACAUGACUCAAGCAAGGUCAUGUUUCCUGGCAAAUAUGACCACAUGGUUUCAAACGCAGUUUACAGCAAACUGAACGUAAUUCUCACAUCUGAAGUGUUUAUCGAUUCCAACAACAGUUUGCAUAUUCAUGCUUUCCGAGGUUACUUCUCUGGGGAGCAUAUUUGUGUGGCAGAAAAUUUGGUUGGAAGUUCAAACAUGUCUGUCAGUCUUGCCAUUAGAUUAGAGCUGAAAGCUGUUUACAUAAGCAGCGUCUUCAUUGGUGCUUAUACCUCAGGUGCAAUUCUAGGCCUUGGAACGAUCAUUGGACUCCUGCGUCUUUUCGUCCACAAAUACUGCCAUUCCCAAGGUUGCAACUGCUGCUGCUGUUCUCACGACGAGCUGGAUGUUGUGAGCAAACACAAAACUGAUAACGGUGAUAUUGAAGUAACUUACGCUCAUAAUGAAAGCAUAGGAUACAUCGACGACGAUGAGGACGAAUCUCCCAGCCCUAGUGAUCCGGGGUCGCCCCCAGAGGUCCCUGUGAAUUCUCCGAAUGUAAGGGGCUCUCCCAGCAAGUGUCAGACCCCUGGGGAGACAGAGGAACAAGGAAAGGGGUCACAGGACAUCUGGUCACAGCUGGAUGAAGUGAGGUCUCGACUCAAGUACGGGGCUGGCAAGAAAAUUGAGAAGGUCCGGUCACAUGUGAGGUCCAUCACAGAUACAGGCUCGUUGAAGAUCCGUGAAAUCAAGGACGCAGGCAGUAUGAAGAUCCAGUCCAUCAAGGAGACUAGUUCCCAUGCAGCCCAUGUCGCAAGAAAGACCGUCGUCAGUGGCAUGGAACAGGUGAAGUACAGUGUUCAGUCCAUGAAAGAGUUCUGUGGGACUGGCGACAUGGGACCGGGAACCAUCUCCAUGGUGUCUGUAUCCACGGACGUGGACACCACAGAAACAGUCAAGAUUGUGCGCUCUCACACCUUCGUGUGAACACAGUUGUCAUGGAAACAUGCAAAUUUUAAAUUGUUACAGAACAUUCAUUCAGACUUGUUCUGGGAAAAUCGGGCAUAAUGCAGGUGUGUAAAGUGUUAUGCCACUUUAGCCUGUACAGUCUACACAGGCUAAUAUGGGAUGACCCAUUUUUGCCUGAACUUGAUUUUUUAUUUGAAGAGACUUCUUUUUAACAAAAAAAUGCCAUAAAAGCUGAAAGUGUCGUUCCUGAUGAGCCUGUGCACACUGCACAGGCUAACCUGUGAUAACAUUUUUCAGCAUUAAGCCCAGUUUACCCAGAGCGGUUAAAUAAUUAUUUUUUAUUCUGAAUCCACAAACAUAUCUUGAUUAAUUUUGUUAAUUUGAUUUGAACUCAAGCAAGGUCAAUAACACAUACAAACUGGCAUUUUGUUGGUGCAUCUGGUAUUCUGUCAGUUUUUCAUACACUGGAAUGAUUGUAACAGCCAAUCUGUUUGAUAUCCACUUAACUUGAGUAGGGCUAGACUUUAAGUGAAAUAGAAGGGUGCUGCACUCUGCUCCUUUUUGUGUCCCCAUUAUGUUCUUCUAGGUUGUUCAAUACGAAAAGGAAGAAAUCUUUUAAAAUUGAGAAUUAUUUUUUUUUUGAAACAAUACUAGGGCAAAUGAAUUAACUUUGCUUUAAACUCUUAUUUACAUGUGUAAGACUAAGACCCUAUAUAUAUUUUAGUAUAGCACUGGGAAAAUGGGGCUUUAUGAAUGUGAGUAAAGUGUCAUCCCAGAUUAGCCUGUGAAGUUUGCACAGGCUAAUCCGCCAUGACACUUUCAGCUUUUUUGUUCUCUUUGGUUUGAAGUCCCCUUUUAUCAAAAAUCAAAUUAAAGCAGAAAGUGUUUUUCUCUGAUAAGCCUGUGCAGACUGUACUGGCUAAUCUGAAAUUACACUUGACGCACAAAGUUGCACAUACAUUUAGCUGAUUUUUAGCCAGAGCAUGACUAAUAUCUAUUCAAGUACCGGAUAAUGUCACAAGUACCGGAUAAUGUCACAAGUACCAGAUAAUGUCACAAGUACCGGAUAAUGUCACAAGUACCGGAUAAUGUCACAAGUAUAGUUCAUCUUUCCUACCUGCCCCUUGUGAGUACUUCAGCAUCUUGAACCUUUGGCAAUCCAAGAUCUCUACUUCAAUUAAUGUUUUACGUUAGCUGCUGAUACUUUUUAGACUUAUGCAAUUCGCGUUGUACAUAUUUUUUGUUCCAAACACAUACAAUGAACACUGUAUUAUGUGAAUUUGGAAUAAGACAUCAAACUGGGAAUGGGCAUCAUUUUGAUGAUUUUCUCAAACAAACUAUUCAUUUCAUGAUCUGUAUUUAUUUUUGUACUAUUUUAUGUAUACUUCAAGCUUAAUAAGCAAUUUUCUAUGACUUUUUCAUUAACAGUGAUUGUUUUUUUUUAAAUAAUUUGAACUGUAUUUUUAAACUGUGUUCAUGCGCCGCAGUUUCAUUUUAUUAGGAUUUUUUAACUCACCGUUGUGCUCAUGGGCUCAUGGUGAGCUUUUGUGAUCACCUUUUUUCCGUCGUCCGGCGUCAACAUUUGCCUUGUUAACACUCUAGAAGCCACAUUUAUUGUCCAAUCUUCAUGAAAUUUGGUCAGAAGAUUGGUCUCGAUUAUAUCUUGGAUGAAUUCGAAAUUUGUUACGUUUGCUUGAAAAACAUGGCUGCCAAGGGUCGGGGCAUUUUUCCGUAUAUGGCUAUAGUAAAAUCUUGUUAACACUCUAGAGGCCACAUUUAUUGUCUGAUCUUCAUGAAACUUAGUCAGAAGAUUUAUCCCAAUAAUAUCUUGAAUGAGUUCGAAAAUGAUGUCGGUUGGUUGAAAAACAUGGCUGCCAGGAGGCAGGGCAUUUUUCCUAAUAUGGCUGUAGUAAAACCUUGUUAACACUCUAUAGAGGCCACACUUAUUUUCCGAUCUUCAUGAAACUUGGUCAGAAGAUUUGUCCCAAUGAUAUCUUGGAUGAGUUCCAAAAUGGUCUUGGUUGCUUUAAAAACAUGGCCACCAGGGAGCAGGGCAUUUUUCCUUAUAUGGCUAUAGUAAAACCUUGUUAACACUCCAGAGGCCACAUUUAUUGUCCAAUCUUCAUGAAAUUUGGUCAUAAGAUUGGUCUCAAUGAUAUCUUGGAUGAGUUUGAAAAUAAUUAUGUUUGCUUGAAAAACAUGGCUUCCAAGGGGCGGGGCAUUUUUCCUUAUAUGGCUAUAGUAAAAUCUUGUAAACACUCUAGAAGCCACAUUUAGUGUCCGAUCUUCAAUAAACUUGGCCAGAAGAUUCAUCCCGAUAAUAUCUUGGAAGAGUUAAAAAAUGAUGCCGGUUGGUUAAAAAACAUGGCUGCCAGGGGGCGGGGCAUUUUUCCUUAUAUGGCUAUAGUAAAACCUUGUUAACAGUCUAGAGGCCACAUUUAUUUUCCGAUCUUCAUGAAACUUGGUCAGAAGAUUUGUCCCAAUAAUAUCUUGUUAUCUCAGGUGAGGGAUUUUGGGCCUUCAGGCCCUCAUGUUUUUAAAUCUAUAAAAAAAUCCAGUUUUGUAGUAAAAUCAAUUUAAAUGAUGUUAUUAUACAUGCAAGUUUAUAUUUUAAUUAUUAUUUGUAAAACUAAAUAUUCAAUACUUUCCCAAAUUGAUGUCUUAUUCCAACUUCACAUAAAACUGUGUUAAUGUAUGUAAAUCAAAUAUGUCAUAUUUGCAUCAUGCUUAAUUGACAUAACAUAAUCAGAGCUAGGAUGGUGGAGUUUUAUGAUUAUAAUAUAUGCUUGCUGUCACUUUAAGUGAACGAUUGCAAUUGUUAACACAGAUGCUACCCUAUUUGUGCAUUUGAUUUUUUUUUUCUUAUUAUCUUGACACUUUUGAGAAAAUUUAAAAUGGAGGAAUUACUGGGUACAGAUGAUAUUUUCUUACAUUAUUGAAAAUCAAGUUCAUUAAUAAUUGAUAUUUGUUUAUGAACAUUUAAUGUCAUUAAAUAACAUGUGCUACAUUUUUAGUGUCUUGUAUUACCUUAGAGUGUUCCAACAAUAAACAAUAUAUAUGUCAUAUUCCUGCAUCAGAGUUAACCCUUUGAGCGCUGGAACCGGAUUUUGAAGGCCUUUGCAAACAGUUUGGAUCCAGAUAUGACACCACAGAAUGUGGCGUCUCAUCAGGAUCCAAACUGUUUGCUAUUCUGAUAGUGGUCUUAGAAAAAAAUCUAAGAAAAUGCUAAUUUUAGAAAUACAGCAGACAACAUUUUAGCAGACGACAAAUUUCCCAGCAUGCAAAGGGUUAAGCAAGAUAUACUGGAUUUUAGCUGUGCUCUGGGAAAACAGGGCUUAAUGCAUGUGCGUGUAAUGUUGUUUCAGAUUAGCCUGUGCAGUCCUCAAAUGGACACUUUUAUCCUAAAUGGAUGUUUGUUCACAAGAGACUUCCUGUAAACAAAAAAAUUAAAAAAGGGGCAAAUUGUUUGCCAUGAUUGGCUUGUGCUCACUGCACAGUUCAAUCUGGGAUGACACAUGCAUGAAGUCCCUUUUUGCCAGACCAGUAGACACAAACUUGUCUUACAUUGUAAAUAUUUCUAAAACAAUUCUCGAACUACAACUUCCAUGUUUUGUUCUAUGUGAUAUGUUUAAUAUCCUUUUUAGCUCGACUUUUCAAGGAAAAAUGAGAGCUAUGCUACUCGCCCCGGCGUCGGCAAAGUAAGAUAACUCUGACUGGCAUUUUGACAGAAUUAUGUUCCUUUGUAUACUUAGAAAAUUGAAAAUGUUAAAUUUUGUGUAUAGGUCCACUUUAUUUCUUAAGUAUCAAAGCUAUUGUUUUUAUACUUGCAACACUUACUAACUAUCAUAAAGGGACUGUGCAGGCAAAGUUCUGACUGGCAUUUUGGCAGAACUAUCCCACCCAAGCUAUUGCUAUCAAACUUGAAAUAUAAUCUUAUUAGUUUGUUUUAUGUCUUUACAAAUGUUCAAUAGAUUGUGGAAAAUAUACCUGAACUCAGAAGCGUCUAUAAUGUACCUCUUCUUUAAAACAUAAGCGAUCAAUAUGUUUCAAUUAUGGUCCUCUUCCACUUUGAAUAUGACUAUAUUACCUUGACCUUAUUAAAUAUGAACAAUAUCCCCUGAUGGCUUACAUUAUACUGUCAAGCACUCGAAUAGUCAAGCGCGCUGUCCUCUGACAGCUCUUGUUUAAAUGUUGCUUUAGUUAUUCCUUUUUAAACAUGGCAUUGUUUAUGAUGAUAAUUACAAUUUGCUAUAAACUACACAUAUAGCAUUUUGUGGAAUUGUAUUCCAAGUGAAUUUAAAUCGAAAUGAAUUUUGUGUGUACAAUGUUUGCUAUUUUUUUCCAGUUUAAAUGUUGCAAUAUUAUACUCAGAAAAUAUAAUGUUUUCCUUGUAGAGUAAUAUUUAUUAUUUGCUUCGAGAUUUUGUCAUGUCUUGCUGUAAAUUUUGUAAAUACUCAUGUAUAUUGAUGUGGGACAUUGAAGUCCUGCACUGGGUGAUAGUUUCUUGUGUGGGCUUUCUUGUAGACUAGAAUUUAUAUGGGCCAUGCUCUAUGAAAAAGGGGUUUAAUGCAUGUGCUUAAAGUGUCAUCCCAGAUUAACCUUUAAAGACCGCACAGGCUUAUCAGGGACGACUUUUUUCGCUUUUAUUAUAUUUUUUGUUUAAAGAAAAUCUCUUCUUAGCAAAAAAUUAGUUUAUGCGGAAAGUAUCUCCCUGAUUAGCCUGCAAAGUCCACACAGGUUUAUCAGGGACGACACUUUCCACUUUUAUGAUAUUUUUCGUUUAAAGAAAGUCUUUUUAGCAAAAUUCAAAUUUAGGCGGAAAGUGUCGUCCCUGAUUAGCUUCUUUGGGACGACACUUUACGCACAUGCAUUAAACCCCUUUUUCACUGAGCACAGCUCAUAUAUAUUUCCCUGCGUGGGGGAUAUGUUUUAGACAAGAUAUAGUAUAGUAAAGUAUAGUAUAGUAUAGUAUUGUAUAGUAUAGUAUUGUAUAGUAUUGUAUAGUAUUGUAUAGCUUAUCUUACUGAUCUUCUCUCUGGCAGUUCAGCUUACCAGAAAAUCCUCAUAAAAUAUAAUAAUACUAAUCAUGCGAGUAAACGUGUAUUCACAAAGAUUGGAAUAUUUUUGAUGAAGAUUGCAAGAGUUGUUUUCUUUUCAAAAAAUGCAAUAAUAAUAGAAGUAAAUUAAAAUAAAGAAACGUGUAUAAUCAUUCUUAUUGUUUUGCUAUGAAAACCUAUGACAAGAUAUGAUAGUGCAUUAAGGAUAAGGAUGUGAUUGAACUCUUAGAUAGACUUGAAUGCUGUUAUCUUUGACCUUGAAUCCUCAGUUUAGCCGCCUUUUAUGGAUACAUGCACUAUUUGCUCAAAUUAAAUGCAUUUGUCACUUUGUAGCAGUGAAAUCCAUUUCACCAAUGUAAUUCAUUGAGUAAGUUCAUCAAUGUGGCAUUAAUUUGAUAAUGUCUUUUUCCUCAAUCAAAACAUUCCAGGAAAACAGGUCCAGUAUUUGUAUUGUAGAGUUAUGAAUGAAAAACAUUGAUAGAGUAUGACUAACUGCUUAUGUGAAAAUACGCAAGGGUAUGGUGAUAGUUUUGAAGAAUAAGCUUGAUUGAAUACGGGAAAGUCAAUGCAGGUUUAUUGAGGUGUACAUGAAAUACGUGCACAAUGAAAGAAAUAUUUCCUGUCCUUGUACAGUUCAACUUGCAUGCAGUCAGUUCACAUGUUGUGGCAUAUUCUACCACUCAUUGUGUCAGGUAAUCACUGUAACUAAAAAUAAACAUGCUUCAUUGAUAUUGGAUAUAGUUUAGGCCUGGUUUUGGGAAAACUAUACUUAAUGCAUAUGAUGAAAGCUUAUUGUACAGGCUAAUCAGGGGUGAGACUUUUAACCUCCACUGGAUUUUUGUUCUGAAGAAAUAUCAUUUAAACAGAAGGAUUAAUAUUAGUUGCAAGUGUUGUCCCUGAUAAGCUUGUGCAGACUGCACAGGCUUAUCUGGUACAACAAUUUGACACAUCUAUUAACCCUUUGCAUGCUGGGAAAUUUUUCGUCUGCUAAAAUAUCGUCUGCUGAAUUUCAAAAAUUAGCAUUUUCUUAGAUUUUUUUCAAAGAAUAUUAUCAGAAUAGCAAACAGUUUGGAUCCUGAUGAGACGCCACGUUCUGUGGCGUCUCAUCUGGAUCCAAACCGUUUGCAAAGGCCUUCAAAUUCGGUUCCCGCACUGAAAGGGUUAAGUCAUGGUGUAGUGGAUAUGGUGUCUUUUUAGUGAGCAGGAGGUAACGGGUUUGAUCCCCAUUGUGGGAGCGUUCUUUAGAUCUCCCCUUUAGACACCAAGUAUUGGUUCUAGUCCCAGGAAAUGGACUCGAGAGCAUUUCAAAUAAGUCUUAGGCUUUUGAUCCAAUCGAGCUAAAAUAAUUAGGUUUAAACUAAGUCCUUAACAGAGCUUGUGUCUUUUGUUUUACCGGAAAUGUACUGUUAAAAUGUUAAUUUGUUUCCCAAUGACUUUGUUAUUGCAUGUGAAUUAUUAAUCAUUUGUAUGUGUGUGAAUAGUCAUAAAUUGUUGGGUUUUGUUUGCUUUGAAGGUUAUAUUGCCUUUAAGUUUGUUGGUGGGUACUUAUUUGUAAUUUUGAAGUGAAUCUUGCCUAAUUAAAUACUUUGUUUUCCCUCUAAUUGAUAAAUUAAUGAAAAGUAAAGUAAUUAAGAGAGGAAGGAAUCUUAGUCUUCUUAACAGGGUGCAGAAUCAAUGGGGUUUUCAGGCAUUAACACAUGGGCUGGACAGAAUGUAAUCACACCUUUAAGAACUUCAUUUUUGCAAAUAUCUGCAGUUAUUGAAAUUCAUUUGCAAAAAUCUUUAGUGCAUAAAAGACAGCUUUUCUUGCAGUUUAUGCAGAUAUCUUAAGGUACAAGAAUAAAUCCUUGAAUACGUCUGCAAUGGGUGACAAAAUUUUACUUUGCGUGAAGCAUACAUGUAGCCCUAUAAAUGAAUGCAGUACACAUAGAAUUUUUGAACAAGAACACAUUCAAAUUAAAUAAAAAUAAUUCUGAUGUAUUUCAAAUUGCCAUUAGCAGCAUAAAAAUAGAAAAAUUGUUUGAAAAAAAUAUUUGAAAACCCCCACUACUUUCUGGUUUCCACAAAGUCAUGUGAUCAUGCACCCUGUAAACUGUCUGUUGUCCUAAGAAGGAGGUACGUCUUUAUGGUAAUAUCAGGGGUUGAGUCAUGUAUUUGCCUUGUACAUGUAAGGUUGUAGGAUUAUGAAGUGUUUGUCAUGAUGAUGAAUUAGAAUUACCAUGACCAGUUUCCUGCUCUAAAUGAAAAUGUUUUAUGAUUGUUUAAAUGUUUGCAAUGAUCUAUAGAUCUGUAUACAAAAUAAAUGUUUAGUUUUCUAGAAA